GAUUUCCGGUUGUCAAAUAUGGCGGCCUCCUGAUGUUUACAGUCUGAGCCCGGUGUCUGAAAUGAUCAACAUUGAAGAACGAUAGUGGCGCUUAAUAAUGGCUCCGUCCGACAGCACUGUCAUCUUCCGUGUACGCGGAUCAUUGGAGUUUUCUUGUUGGUUGGAGAGUUCGAACGUCUUACAAUCACAGAGAUCGAUUUCAAAGACGUUCAAUGACUUGCGUUCCAAAGUGAGAGAGGAGUCAUUAGUUUUCAAUAUAUGCAACAGUCCAGUAUUCCUUUGGCCGAAUCAAGACUGCCAGGCCACAGUAGGAAAUGUUUCAGCGAGUACACCAUGUGGAGACCUUCAGAAACAUAUAGAAGUGGAGGACUGGAAUGGAGGGGGCAGGAAGAAAAGGAAAGACAAGAAAAAUGUGUUGACGGUCAUUCAUUUAACCUUGAUGACUGAGGUGACGGUACCGGCUGAGGAGAACCUCCCUGCUCCUUACCUGUCCACAGAGAAGAAGCGGCACGCUUUGAAUAUGGUCCUCCCUGUGGACUGUGUGAUUUCCACUGCUGCUGAUGAGAGCAUUGGAAUUGUUUGUGAACAUCUCAUUGGGGCCCUGUGUUGUCAGUUGUCUGACAUGGAGAAAAUCGUCUCGCAGCACAUGAAGGGGACAGCCAUGCCUGUUCCUCAACUCUUCCACUUCAUGUUACCCAAACCUAACGGACUGGUCAGCGUGGUCUAUCCUGCUAAUAUUUCCGACAGCCAACUGGAGUCAUAUAGAAAGGAGCUACACAAGAAGUACGAGCUGGCUGAAGAUAGACCAUACUUCAGACGUGCAAAUGCCUUUCAGUUUCCCGACCAGCCUUACAAAGAUGGCUACCUCCGCAAUCCUCACGAAUACCUUAAUCACCCAAACUUGGAGGGAGCUAAUCUGUAUUUGGUGCAGGGUCUGUAUAGCUACCACCACUACAUGCAGGACCGCAUUGAUGAUAACGGUUGGGGUUGCGCCUACCGCUCGCUGCAGACCAUCUGCUCUUGGUUCCAGCAGCAGGGGUACACUGAGCGUGCAGUGCCCACCCACAAGGAGAUCCAGCAGGCCCUUGUUGAUGCGGGAGACAAGCCUGCUGCCUUUGUGGGCUCGUGUCAGUGGAUUGGCUCAAUUGAGGUGCAAGUUGUGCUGGAUCAGCUGCUGAACGUCACAUCCAAGAUCAUGUUUGUCAGCCAAGGCUCUGAACUAGCUACAAAAGGACGAGAGCUAGCAAACCAUUUUGAAACUGAAGGAACCCCAGUCAUGAUUGGAGGUGGAGUACUAGCACACACCAUCCUUGGUGUUGCAUGGAGUGAGAGCUCAGGGCAGAUCCGAUACCUCAUCCUGGACCCACACUACACUGGGGGGGAGGAUCUCCAGACCAUCACUGAGAAGGGCUGGUGUGGAUGGAAAGGGCCUGAUUUCUGGGACCAGCAGGCAUACUACAACCUUUGCCUUCCACAAAGACCGAAGAUGAUAUGAGUGUUGGUGUGAGUGUGUGAGAGAGCUACAGAGAAAGAUGGAGACAUAGAGUAGGCCGGAGGCCAAGUGUGUGUGUGUGUGUGUGUGUGUGUUCACGGUUGAUUACUAUAUGAAUCAACAAUGAAAGAAAAUGCAAAAGGAUGGCAUAUCAUGAAACUGACCAUUUAAAAAAAAAUGUGUCCUAUUUUAUUUUACAAUACUGUACAGAUAUUUCCAGGCAGCUUGAUUCAGAUCAGGUCUGAAGAUUUGUCACAGGUGUAACCUAAUCGCCUACUGUCAGCAUACUCCAAAAUGCCAGUAUGCAGAAAUACAAUAAAAAAAGGGUCAUCCUUGUUCUCAAAGGAGUUGUUCCAGUGCCAUUAAACUUCCACUUCGACAUUA